AUGAUCGACGGAACACUCCUUCCUUCCUGGUUCCGGAUCCUCCUACUGGGUCUCAGCAUCUACUCAUACAUACCCCAGCUGCAGCUCCUCUGGAAAACCAAGAAUAGCUCCGGUCUUUCAAUCAACUAUGUACUUUUAAACCUCAUCUGUGCGACAGAGCAGUUUCUGCUUGUGCUCCUUUACAACAACACCCCAGAUGCAGAGCCGAAUAUGUUUGUGGAGAAUCCCGGAUCCUUAGGAGACUGGAUGAAUCUUAUUCAAAUCACUGUUGUCUGGAUACUUUCUGGCCUUACAUUUACACUAAGCCUGCGAUACCCCUCCGACUCAUCCUUCCGAGACAAGCUCUCCGCGACCUUAUCAUACAUUGCCUACUUCCUCGUAGCCGUCGUUCCGUCAGUAUGCGUGGUCCUCACAACCCGUAGAGGCGAGGAUCCGCGCACCAGCGAGAAUGAGUGGCAGUUCGCUCUCUGGAGUGGUGUCCAUCUCAUACUUGUCAACCCAGUCAUGACACUUCUUUCAUUCAGCGCCGUGUUCUGUCAGGCGCCGAAAUUGCUAAAGGGGGUGUCGCCGCCGCGGGCUUUGAGUCUUCCAGGACUUGCGAUCCAAGCAGGUGUGUUCACGGUUCUUGCUUUGAGUUGGCCAUUCCGGUUUGUAUAUCUCGAUCCUGAUUGGAAUGUUUUUGCAUCGUGGUUUGCGCUGUAUACCUGGUAUUCUUCUGUUGGUUGGACGGCUGUGGACUGUGCGGUCUUUGCGCUGGUUCAGGUGAUUCUGUUGUGGUUGGCGUGUAGGAACAGGAAGCACUGGCAGUUGGCUGAGGAUGGCGAGACUGAGCCGUUGCUGGCUAAUGGGGGAUGAUUGAGCCGGUUGAUGUGUACAUUGUCAGUUAUUCACCGCUCCCAAGGCCUUGUUUUUUGGUGUCUCUCUUAGUCAAUGGCUGAGGUGGUCAGCUGCUGGC